AAAAGAAUACUAAAAAUUACCUAAUCCUGUGACGAUGAUUGACUUCAAAGGCGAUUCAACAAGUUUACCAUUUAUUUAAGCUAUAAUUGCUAUGGUGCAUCAAUCAACUCAAAUGGAGAUUGCAACUAACGAAAAACCUAUAACACAUACACUUAAUCCCACGACUACUGGAACAUGUGUAAUCGGUCUUAUAUAUGAAGAUGGAAUAAUAUUUGCAGCAGACACAUUGGUGUCAUAUGGAAACAUGCUUAGAUAUUUUAAUUUUUCAAGACUCAUUAAAAUCAACGCUAAAACUUGUUUGGCCUUCACUGGUGAUAUAGCGGAUUUUCAAUUUAUUCAAAAAUUAGUUGAAGAAAGAGUAAUACAAGAAAGUUGUUAUAAUGAUGGAUUUGUACUGGAUGCUUUAGAAUGGCAUACAUAUAUAACUCGUAUAUUAUAUCAUCGGAGAUCAAAAUUAUCACCACUGUGGAACAUAAUAUUAGUAGGAGGUAUAACAAAUUCUGGAGAAAAAUUUUUAGGUUAUAUUGACAUGUAUGGUGUAGGUUAUAAAGCCCCUGUUAUUGCCACUGGCUUUGGUGGUAUGUUAGUUCAACCACUAAUAAGAGAAACAUUAGCAACAAAAGAAAUGUUAUCUGAAGAAGAGGCCAAAAGCUUAAUCAAACGAUCCAUGAGAUUAUUGUAUCUACGUAAUACAAGAUCUGCAAAUAAAUAUAAUAUUGCACUGAUUACCAAGGAUGGAGUUAAUAUUGGAGAACCAGAAACAAUUGAGGCAGAUUGGAACAUAGCAAAAUAUGUCAUUGGCUAUGAAUAAAGAUUGGGAACUAUUAAUAAAUUAUACAUAAAUAUGUUAAUUAUAUUAUGUUUGUAAUUAAUACAAAAAAAUUGAAGCUAUUUUUUUGCAAAUUAAAUUGUAUAUUAAAUGUCUAGCAUUUGUCAUUAUUAUAAAAUAUUUUUUUGAUUGUU